GGUCCGUCAGUGUGCCAGCAGUCCGCGCAGAGCGCAGAGCGCAGCGCCACGCUGAAACAGACAGUCUGUCACACACAGGAGCUCCAAACCUUUACGGGAUUUGAAAGACAACAGGAGAGGAUUACCUGAGCGAACAAGGGAUCCAUGCAGGUGAUGUGAGGACAAGGACAAGAUUCAAUUCUGCCCCAUCUGUCCGUCAACGAACCAAGUGCCUUGGUGCCGGCCACCCUCAAGUCACCUCAACCACGACGGGCACCACACAAACUCACCUCAGACAGCCGGCACAGAGCAAAUAUUUGAGGCCAUUAAAUCUUAUUUUUCCAGGCUGCAGUCACUGAAAAGAUCAACAGUGAAGGGUGUAGUUGGGAGACAGAAAGAAAGAAGAAAAAGUGGGGGAGGAAAAAGUAACCCUUUCAAAGUGCACCCUGCCUGCUAUUUCUGCUGCGCUGUGGGCAGGCAGCGUCUCAUUUGGGAGUGAUCUUGGCUGACAAAAAAAGGACUUCCCAGUGCCCUGCCUGCCGAUCCAAAUGCCUGCAUAAAUACUGGAUAGAGAUAUCAUUUGUCUGGCCUCUAACACUGCCCAACAAAGAGACUCCCUGCUAACUAUAGAAAACAUUACACCAAACUUUGACUCUGCUGUGUUUUGCUACCUCUCUAUUACUCUUUAAAGAAGAUUCAAGAGCUGUGAGAACGUAAUUGAGAACUGCCAUCAACACUUUCAAAAGUCUCUCUUGAAAUUUAUGUUAGAAAUUCACUGGGCCCUCAUCGUAUCCCUGAGGGACUCCCUGUCAGUCAUUUAGGGAUUGCAGUUUUGAUGUCUUUCUCAGCUCAGUGAAUCAACAUGAAGCCCCUAACACCAAUUGGAUCCCCCUCUCCCCUGAGGCUCCUCAACAAGGGUCCAGACUACCUGCGCAGGCAGAUAGAUGGUGGAGGAAAUGGACGAUCAAUCAGCGCUGUAGAAAGGCUUGAGGCAGACAAAGCCAAAUAUGUUAAGAGCCAGCAGGUGAUCAAUACGAAACAGGAGCCAGUACUGGUGCCCUGUGCCACCCCUCCACCACAGCCCCGCCGAGCUUUUUCCACCCCUGGUUUCAUGACACCUAAUCUUCCCCCUCGACGGUCAUCAAACACCGCUUUCUCCACACUCUCUGGCUCCUUCAACUCAAGGGAUGAAAAUGAAAAUGAUGACUCCAGAAAGGAGAACAGACGGACUUCCGUUGACGUCGAGGCACACAACAGGAGCAAUGUGAACCAUGCACUGCCUCCCAACCCUAGGACUCCUGGGAAAAACAUUUUGGUAGCACCACACAGUGCUCCCGUACUCAGAAGAUCUACUGGCAAACGCAUGCUGAGGCCAGACUCCCUAGUCAUGUACAGGCAGAAGAAAGAGUGCAAGAGCCCAAGUGGUGCACCAGAAGGAGAGAACAAUAACUCAGAAGUGAAGGGUUAUAGCUUUGUACGCCGCCUCUUCCAGGGCUCCAUGAGGGAAAAGAGCAGCGUAGGUGAAGGAAGAAUACAGAAAAUGGUGAUUGGUGAGGAAAAAGCGCCACCACGAGAUGGAGAAUCUCGCAUGUCUUGGACCAACGAAAAAGACACUACAGAUGGUGGACUAGGGAGCAGAAGGUCAAGUAAAACCGACCAAGAACGCAGCCCAGGGUCCAUCCCGAGCCCUGGGUUUAGCUGUGCGCUUGAACUGACAAAGAACGGAGUUACAAAUGGUACCAAUGAAGGAGACAACAACGGUAUCACCAAUGGCAACCACUCAAGUCCCCCCGAUGAUCAGAAUGACCCCUGGAAGCGGGCAUCACCUCCACCAGCACCCAGAAGGCGGUUUGGGGAGCUGCAGCGCUCAAAGUCAGAUCUCCAUCUUCGCUGCUCAGUAGCACUUUCAGAGCAGGAACAUUUCUUUGACUACUGCGGGCUGGACAUGGACAUGAUAGAGCGCCUGGGUCGAGAGAACUUUCUAUCUGGUGCCAGCUCCAUAGACACACUGUCGUUGGCCCUCCGCAGUGUAGUUGGGGAUGGCUGCGGCGGCUCAGAGCCCAGCGAGUUUUCCCGACACUCAGGAGACGGAUUGUUUCAGGAGGAGCUGGCUGAUCAGAUUCCCACUGGUGUGUCGAUAAUUGAGAGGAAUGCUCGUGUCAUUAAGUGGCUUUAUGGGUGCAAGAACGCUGCUAAAGAGGGACCCAAAGAGUCUACUGUUUAAAACAGGGACUAGAGACCAUGUGCUGUGGAGUGCCAAGAGUUCGAAGGUUUAUUUUCUGGUAAAACAGUAAACCAGUAGAUCUGAAUAUCUUUAACUAAUCAGUGAAACUACUUAUUGUAGCAUUCAGUUCUGCAGACUUUCCCCCUCUGCGCAGAAAUUUUCUACUGAAAUGCACUUCAAACUAAAAGUCAAAGCAUUGAAUCACCACUGAAUUCAGAGUGGGCUGUGAUUAGCUCACAGCAAUGCCACAAUGCAUCACAGAAAGAAAAAAAUAGGACUCUGUUCUAUUUUUGAGCCAAAGCAUCAAUGCAAGUCAAAACAGCUGAGCUUCAGAAAGCAAAGCGGCGACAAAAUAUGAUUUUUCUUUGAAAUCUCCCAGAGUAUCUAUGGAACAAGGGUUUGUUUCAGGUUCUAAUACCUGCACAACGGGUUAGUAUUCCACAGCACAUGAAAACCUUUACUCCCUCGUUUUCCCCUGACUCCAAAGAGACUGUUUUUUUUUUU